AUGGCGCAACUCGGCCUGGAACAAAUAGCAUCGCCAGAAGAUGCUAAGCUAGAUAUCAUCUUUGUUCAUGGACUGUUUGGCAACCGCCGAUCAACUUGGACAAAGAACGGAGUCUUUUGGCCAGAUAGGCUACUUACUGGCGAUAUUAAAAAUGCUCGUAUCUUCACCUUUGGAUAUGAUGCCGACGUGACCAAGUUCAAUUGGAAUGAUGAAGUAACGACCCAAGUAAUGGAGUCACAUGCGGUCGAUCUAUGCGAAAGGCUCGUCACGUUGAGAUCUAAGACAGAAACAGCUGAUCGCCCGCUGAUCUUCGUUGCACACAGCCUCGGUGGCUUGAUCUGUGCUCAGAUCAUCGUGAAAGGCACAUUGGUUGGUAGUAACGACAAUCCUGCUAUAAUCGCGAGCAAUACCCGCGGUAUGAUCUUCUUAGGAACGCCAUUUCAUGGCUCUCCGGUCGCCCCUUUUGGCAGUGUCCUUAGCUCAAUGGUUAACUUCAUUUGGGCAACCGAUAGCCAAAAGGUCCAUGAUCUGGAAGAAAAGUCAGAGAAAUUGAGAAUCCUGGCAGAGAACUUUGCCACAGUAUUAAACAAGCGGAUUCGAGAAGGGAAAGAGAUCCAUGUAACCUUCUUUCAUGAGACAAAGAAACUACACAAAGUUCUGGUGGUUCCGGAAUUAAAUGCUCGAGUCCACGGAUAUGGAGACCACGCAUCUAUUGAUGCAAACCAUGAGACUAUGUGUAAGUUUGCUGACGAAGACAGCCCUGGAUAUAAAAGUGUUCUUGGCGCUAUUCAGAAAGCCUCGGUCGAGCCUGGUGCGAAACCAGAAGAAACUUCGCAUGGUCCCAAAAUUGAAAAUAACAAUUGGGGGGAGAUUAAGAACCAGGUCCUCGGAAAUCAGCUCAUCAGUGGUGAUCAGGCCUUUGAGAAGAGACUCAGCAGUGAUGUGGUUCUGCAAAGGCUUCCACCUGUUGCAGUCGAACCUCGGCACCGCCUGUGUGUUCGCUUACAGCGCAAGUUUAUUUGGUGCCCAAAGCCCACUGUGCAGGAGCAUCUCAAGAAGGAAUGGGAGCCUUUUAUUGGUCCGGUUGCUGCAUGCAGCGAAUUCCGGCUCAAGGUCGAGGCCAUGCAGCAUUGCCAAGUUGGCCAGAUCCUCUUGAACAACGACACUGAUUCAUUAAUUUCCCUCCCAAUCGUGUACGAGGCACGAUAUGACAGUAAAGAUCUAGAAGAACACCCUAAGUGCCACGAAGACACUAGAAACCACGUUCGAUCUAUCAUUCGCUCUCAGGUUCUGGAUCUCAACGCAAAAUCCGUUAUAUGGCUACACGCCCCUGCUGGAACAGGAAAGUCAACUCUGGCACGUACCCUAGUCAACGACUUUAGACAGGAAAACCGGCUAGCAGCUGGGUAUUUCUUUAGGCGUGGUAAUGAGUUACGCAAUGACACCUGUCGAAUCUUUUCAACAAUCACAAGCCAGCUUAUAGAGACAAUCCCUGACUACCCGAAUGCCCUAAGACAAUCACUGGACAGUUUAACUAUACAAGGACUUGAGAAGCUGGCUCUGUCAAAGCAGUUCGAAAUUCUUAUCUUCAAUCCUUUGAGCACUCUCAAUCCUGAAGACGGCCGAUUUCCAAGAAUCAUUAUUAUCGAUGCCCUUGACGAAUGUACACGCCCAAAGGACAUACCUCUAUUGCUCCAGAAAUUCGCGUCUCUCGAGCAAAUAACAGCGUUUCGGCUUUGUGUUUUGUUUACCAGUAGGCGGGUCCCCCCAUAUCCUGUCACUGUAGGGGGGAUGUCUGGAACUAGCGACCUUUGCCAAACAAUUGCACUUCAUGAAGAUUUCAAAAAGGAGACAAGAUCUGAGAUUGAGAUCGUCCUGAGCCAUGGCCUUGCCGAGAUUUGUCAAAAACGGUCUAUUGAAAGACAAACUUGGCCAAGUUCUGAACAGUUCGAUAUUAUAGUUCACCAUGCUACGCACCCCUUUCCAUUAUUCGUCUACAUCUCAACCCUGCUCCGUUACAUAAUCAGCGUCAAGCAGCUCGACCAGAUGUACGUGCCGAUUAUGAAGGCAGUACUGAACGGGGAAUGGGGAGAGGAUGGCACCCCCGAACCGUUGAAUGGUGAAGAAUGUACAGAGCUGCGGCAUGUCCUGGGGUCUCUCGUCUUACUCACAAAGCCCUUGACUAGAAAGGCCUUGAGUAGCCUUCUCGAAAUGAGGGAGAGUUCAGUCAAUGACUGGCUGAAGAGUCUUCACGCAGUGAUACAUGUUUCUGAUGAUGAAGGAUCGCCUGUGGAGCUUGUCCAUAAAUCUUUUGCCGACUUCCUUCUGGCAGACGACGGGGAGGUUUCAGACCCUUUAAGGAUUAAUGUUUCGGAUACACAUGGUUUCCUAGCAAAGCGAUGCACCAGUCGAAUGUUACAAGGAAGGCGCAUUGGCUUACCACUUCCUGGUCUCCAAAAGAACCUCUGCAUGCUACCAAAGCCAACAACAAGAACAGAAGACAUUGAUAGAGACCAGGUUGCAGCAAACAUCCCUGAUGAUCUCCAAUACGCAUGCAUGUACUGGGUACAUCAUUUGGUGCGAAGUGAAAAGGGAGUAGACUGGGAAAUAAUUUAUACGUUUUUCACGAAACACGUCCUCCAUUGGUUCGAAGCUCUUUCAAUCUUGAAAGAAUUGCCUGAAGGGGGAGCAGCCAUCAGAAAACUUCUGAACCUACUAUCCAGUUGUAAAACUGAAUAUGAGAGAAGAGACAGUUUAAGCGAGCUCCUAAGCGAUGCACAGAAGUUUCUUCAGGACCACGGAACGACAAUACAGGAAUACCCACUUCAAACCUAUGGUACUUCUUUAGUACUGAGCGACCCACGGAAUACAGUCAAGAGGCUUGCUAUGGAGUGUCAGGAGAUGCGUAUAGCAAGCAUUCGAAGCAUUCGGGGUGGUCUCAUUGCCAGAGAAAGAGCCCUUGUGAGCGAAUUCAGUGAGCCACGUUUGAUAGGCCCAAUCGCAAUUUCACCAGAUGGUUGCCUGGUGGCGGACACUGCUCCAUCGAACUUGUGUCUGAUCGAUAUUUCAACCGGUAUUGUCAUUCGAAGAUUCCCUUAUGAUCAACCUAGAAGAUAUUCAUUCCUAGCAGUGGCCUUUUCGGAAGAUCAGAGGAUCAUCACAGCGGUGACACAAGAAAAAGAAGUAUUUGUGUGGGAUACGAUACAGUCACCCGAGGAGCUGACCCGACGGCAUGUGCUUGUGACUUGUGACAAAUACUUCGCAAGUUGUGCUAUUUGUGCCAAGUAUUCCCUAAUCGUAACAUUAUCAGAAGAUUCGAUACCACGAUUGUGGGACUCCGAGACUGGGUGUCAUCGUCAAACAAUAUCCAACGUCGUUCUCGACGGCGGAACCGACAUUUCUCUUCGAGCGUUGAGCGACACCGAAUUUACAAUUGCUUUGAUCAAGGCUAGCGGUGAAAUAUACCUUCUCAACGUCUGUGGAAAAACCGAACCAGUCACAGUCUUUGUUGGUGUUCAUGGCUGUCUUGGCUAUUGCCAAGCCGUCACCAUCUCGCCAUGCGGCAACUUGCUGACGUCAUGGUCUAGCGACGAAAUCUGGGUUUGGGUUCGGGAUCAAGGGCAGAUCUCACAUCGACAUACGAUAAAAUGCGUCGGAGAUAGCUAUGGGAUGAAUGUUGCAUUUUUCCCCAAUAGCGAGAUGAUAGCAGCUGGAGCUUCCGUCUUAUCAAUCUUCCAUUUGCCGUUACAGCCCAAUUGUAGAAGAGAAGGCCAGCCAGAGUUGCUAGCUGUUCACGAUGAUAUUACGCCACCACCUUUAUAUAUCUCUAAUCUUGGCCGGAUCAUGAAAAUGGUGAUCGCUCUGGACGGAAAGACACUUGCAACAGUCAAUUACGACUGCGCUCUAUCGAUAUGGGAUCUAGAAGAAGGGUCACUAAAACAAACCAUUACAGGCGAGUUUGAAUGGACGCAUGAAUUAGCCAUCAGUUCAAAUGGAAAUAUGCUGGCAACUGAACUCAAGUCACAAGAGCUGGGCCUGUGGAGGCUACAGGGAACCACAGCGACAUUCGUGAACAUAGUGGACAUAGUGGACACGACUUACUGGAUCGCAAAGAUCGACUUCUCCCCUGGGCCAAAUGCAAAGUGUCACAACAGAGUCUACAGCGGCAAUAAUCGAUACGAGAACAGGGUGUUGCCAAAACAUGGUCAGCUGGGCAGAACACUUUCCGACGACGUUUGA